UUCAGUUGCUGUACGCGUAUCUCCCCCCCGCCCGCCCCGUCUCUCUCUCUGGCUGUCUGUCCCGGCACACUUCUCAUCACGAAGAAGUCGCCAGCCUGGGGCCCAUCGGCUGUCGUUGGGGUUCCGAACCGCGUUUGACUUCGCGACAACAACAACAACAUCAUCAUCAUCAACAAGAAGACGACGACGUGGCCACAUUCACAAGCGGCUCCCACAACCCACGCCGCAGCAACGCAGUGCGAGUCGCCCCUUUGUAGCGAACGCGCGUUGCAGUGAUAGCAUCACCACCACCAUCAGCACCACCACCAGCAGCAGCACCACCAGCAGCAGCACCACCAUCAGCACCACCACCAGCAGCACCACCACCAUCAGCACCAUCAGCAUCAGCACCACCACCAUCAGCACCACCAUCAGCACCACCACCAUUAUCACCACCACCAUCAUCAGCACCACCACCAUCAUCAGCACCACCAGCAUCAUCAGCACCACCAGCAUCAUCAGCACCACCACCAGCACCACCACCAGCACCAUCAGCACCAGCACCAUCACGACCACCAGCACCACCACCAGCACCACCAGCACCAGUACCACCACCAUCAGCACCACCACCAGCACCACCACCAUUACGACCACCAGCACCAUCACGACCACCACCAGCACCACCAGCACCAUCAGCAGCGGCAUCAUUGUCACUCGCCAGUGGCGUGGAGUGGCGAGCCGGCCCCUCUCCGUUCCGUCCUCGUCUCGCACGUGGACGACAACAACAACAACAACACAAAAGGAGGCAAACACGGAGGAGACGAGGAGAGACACGAGGACCACCGUCAUCGGGGAGAGACGAGUGGUGCUGGGGGCGCAGACUCGGGCACAUUGCGGGCCCCUACCCGCAGGGCCGGGCGGCACCAUGAACGGACGCAGCACCCGGCCGCAGCUGAUGGUGCCAGCCCGCCUCGACGGGCUGCCCCCGCUGCCCAAGAGCCUCAGCGGCCUCCUCAACUCGAGCGGGGGCUCGUGGCGUGACCUCGAGCGCAUGUGCACCAAGCGCUCCAUGAUCCAGGACGACCUGAGCCGGGCCCGGCGUGGCGGCGGGGGCGGCGGGGGCGGCACCGCGGGAGACUCUCGCCUGCUCGCCGGACGUCCCGGCAACAUGGAGUUGGCGCUGGCUCUGCUCCGCAAGGAGAUGCUGGGCCUGCGCCAGCUGGACAUGUCCCUGCUGUGCCAGCUGUGGUCACUGCACGAAGGCAUCCAGGAGUACAAGGGGCUGGUGCAGGACCUGGGGCCGUGCGGCCCGGCCUCCACACCCGACGCGCCGCUCUCCUCGCUCGACAUGAACGGCUGCUUCGACGACGACUUCGAGCUGGACCGGCCGUCGCCACGCGGCUCCCUCUCCCGCCCGUCCCCCUCCUCGUCCGGCGCUGCGACGUCGGCGAUGACGCCUCCUUCGUCGCCGGCUGCGCACUCCGGAUUCUCGUCGUCGGCGAUGGGGCUCCGGGGGGCGUGGCUCACAGACUCGUUCCACAUGACCAUCUAACGCCGUCCGUCGCCCAAAACGAUUUUCCCAGUCGCUGAUUUGUUAAUGCGCCGGCCAAGGGGAAAGCAGCCUUGGUUUCAUUUUCGUUUGUUCGUUCGAUCGUACGUUGUGAAACUGUGAUGGCCCGGCGAGACUUCCACGUGUUGUUCCAGAUGCAAGGGAGACCCUGGAGACCGUCAAAACAAAUUGCCGUGCUGUAAUUAAUUAACUCUUCGUUUUGAAAGCUGUAUUUAUGAGGCAGGUGAGUGCCCAGUGAAACUCCGGUCGCAGGGAGACACCUUUUCGAUUUGGGCACCGCUGGUGUGCGCGUGAUUAUGCAUGCCCGAAAUUAAAGAUAAUCGACAUUUUUCGUAAAGGACAUCGUACGCUGAGCUGUGUUUCAGCUUCGUGUGAAAUGGCAUCGGAGUUGAGACUCAAAGCGAUUGGAGAUAACGUUUGUCUAUACAGCAUAGCAGGCGAACUUUGCCAUUUGCCUUAAAACUUUGGUAACAUUUUAGAUAAUUAUCAAAAUGGAAGCGCUGGCUUAAACAAAAAACAGGCAAUGGAGAGUCAUCCUCGACAUAUCUCUGUGAGUUAUUGAUAGGACAUUUGAAGGAUUAAAGGUGUGAUAAACUUCAUCUACUGACAAGAAUCUUGCUGUUUUCAUUGGGUAUGCAUGCCCAUCGAUUGUGGAAAGGCAGUGUAAAUGGUCUCACCAUGCAUGACCUUACUUUUCGCAGUACAGAACAUUAUUGCCACCACAUCUUUUCAUUCUGCUUGUGAAUAACAAAUAAAUUAAGGGACUCUGAAGUGGUUUCGGGUUUGUCCCGCACCUUCAAUCAGCACCGUUGGCUGCGUACGGUGCAAACUGAAGUUCAACAUACAUACGUGUACCGCAUUGUGUUGUUAGGGCACGAUGCCCGACGUGUUCGCUGCGAGUGCUGGGAGCUACUUGGGUUCAUCAUUUCCCAAAAAGGCUCCCAGUAUGUGGAGCCAAGCGUCGGACAUUGUGCCGAACAACAUGCGGUACGACCCGAAUACGCAUCGGAGAACUGUCCCUCGCAUCCGCGAAUACCUAUGCAGUUGAAUUACUUAAAGGGAUACAUCAAAAUUGUUCACCAUGCAUACAUAAAGUGUUUAAAAAAACUUCAACUAGAAGUGUGCUCUUGCACAUACUGUUUUGAUAGGCGUUAGGGAGACGGCUGAAACAAUGUUAAAAUCUUAUAAUUUUCUCAGAUUUACCAUGUAAUCAUGUGCAUUUCCUUCAAAUCAGACCCCAAAAAGAUGAGAUGGAACAUUGCCUAAUAGAGUUCAUUACUUACCUGCCACAAGUGCAGAGUGGCCAUAUUUUACAACACAAGCAUUUCCAUUUGUAAAAUUCAAGACAAACAAAUAUGUAUAUCUUAGAGGGUAGCACAGGGGUAGGCAACCAAAAUAACAAGUAUAGCAAUUUUUUUCGAAUUCGCUAAAUAACUCAAUAUUUCAAGAGUCGCAAUGCAUGUGAACACUGGAAGGUGGUCCUUAUUAAAUAACGUCACGAAGCAGUUCUAAAAGAGCCGUAGGUUGCCGGCCCCUGGGGUAGCACAUUCACUUGCGAUUCAAAUGUUCACAUUUCCAUGUCGUGACCUCACCAACGGUGUAUCACGUGGUGUAUUAACAACAAUGCAGUUCUCAAUAUUUGUUCUUGGCUUAGGCCACGCAGUGAUUUUAAUCCAAACUUCUUGUCAUUAACCCUCCAGCAUGACGACAUACAGUAACUACCCCUGCGUUUUAAGUUAACAAAGAGGAUGUUUGCAAAUGUUUUAUUUUAUAGUUUGAGCACAAUAAUGCUGUUAUAUUACAGUAAACACGCCGAAACAAAUAUAUGUAAUAUUUCUACAAAUAACACGAUCUGUUUUUGUACUAAUCGGCAUUCUCUUACCUUUUUAGUCCAGAAUAUAAAUAAUUUGGACUUUCAAAAGUUGGCAACAUAAAGUUGAUGAAAGUAAUUACCUGGAGUAUUGUGACCAUGUUCUAAGGCAUGGACUAGUAUGCUGUAUAUUAUUAUUAUAGGUGGUGCUGCAUCCACAUCACUCUGUUUUAUGCCAUGAGCAGCAUUGGGGCAGUCACUCUUUGUUUCAGCCAUGCAAGGAAGUGCCAGUUUGCGGUUUGUUUUUAAGAAUCAGAAUCUUGCUUUAAACUGCAGGAAUCCGAUGAGCUAUGAAUCUCUUCUUUUGCUUUGCUGGCUGUCCUUUAUGCAACCUUGAUUGAGUAGACAAAUCAUUUGGUGAUGCUGAUGCUGCCUUAUUGGGUAGUGGUGCACAAGGAUAAAUAACAAAAAUAAAGUAUAUAAUCAGUGACGUUUCAUGCAAUGGCCCUCCUUCGAAGCACGGAGAGAGGUCACAGAAGUGGUGUUCUAUGCAGAAGGGCCAUUGCUCAAAAACAUGAGCCAGUCAUUCUCCUUUUCCCUAUGAAGACCACGGUGUUAUUGAUGAAUGGGUUGAGGUUUCUUGGCCGGGUAGGUACACAGGACGAAAAACAACACCAACAGAUCAGAGCGGCCAAGUGAGGCUGACCUUACAAGAUACCGUGGCUCGUGCCUUUGCUUUAAUGACAACACCACAGUUCAAAAACAAAUCGGAUCUUUCAGUGAAGCCAUAUCAUUCGUAUUUUGGUGAAAACAUUUCUUCGUUUUUGUGGGGUUUCGGUGUUAAGUAACAUUUUGGUGAAGUGCCAAAAGGACCAAAUUCAACUCCGUGCGUGUCCUGGAAAGCUUUUGUACUAAAAUAUAUAGAGUCCACCACGUACAGCCUCUUAUUUGCAAGUGGAUCUUCCGUUCCACAUUUUGUGGUGUGGCAAGAUUUGAAAACCAUUGCACGUCUCUGGAUUCCUCGACUUUGAUUAUGCAACAUAUACUCUCUCUAAGCAGGCAAAAACUGCACUGAUUCAAUACGCAGUGUCUCUAUUAUCGAAAAGGUCCUUGCAUAUUAUAUAUUUUGUUUAUUUAUUUAAUAACCGAGUAUUCACCAGCUAUAAGUUACACUGUGAAAAUAUAGAGAUGGUCGACGUUUGACCUUCAACUCACUUUGUUAUUGUUGGGGUGCUGAUGGUACAUGGGGGGGGGGGGUGUUUUGUAAAGGCAGGGGAGCGUUGUGAUUCAAUCGUAAGGGUCCCUUAAUCGCUGCUUUCCCAGGCUUAUCCCCGCCAAACAAUCUGAGUCCUGCUCAUUAUUUUCUGAAGCCCAGUCCAUCACCCAUCGCCUUGUUCCUUUCCUUCUUGAAAAAAAAAAAACUGAAGGUCAUUUCUUGCUCAUGUCACCCACCGAUGGAAGGCCUCCACUUGAGUGAGCUCUGGAGAGCCGCCUCCAGGGGGUAUUUGGCCUACUCUUCCACGUUGGCCAGACUUUACCCCACCACGUGCAACCUGUCGUUCGACGUUCUGUGGCAGACCUGUUCGUGCUGGCACGUGGUGUACCCGUUUGUAAGGAGUAUGGGGGGGGGGAGUUAAUAAACUAGCCCGUUCGUUUCAACGUAUUGUACAUUGCAGUGAUUGUGACUGUUGUUUUUAUUAUAUCUGCAUGCGCGCUCAAAAUAUAUCAGGCGCACGUACCCUCGUCGGCCUCGUACAUUUGGAGGCUGCCCGCUGGUGCUCUUUUAAUAUCCGUGGUUUGUAAAGCGUUGUCGAUUGCAAGGUAAUUUUCGAGUAGACCAUUGCUAGCCCCAGAGUACGGUACCUUGUGGAAUUACCGGGGUUUACAUGCGCCAAGGAAAUUUGGUCGGGAAAUGAAACGGCUCCAGCACUUUCUGUGCAACUUGAGACUUAGGUAUGAAUCACCCUGACUUGGUUAACGCAUCACUUUUGUUUACCGUUUUUGUAACAAUGAUUUUGUUGUGUGUGUGUGGUGUACAUUUUGUAAAUUAAUUUCAGUAUUGUAAUUUUGUAAUUUAAAAAGAAAACAAUUCCUUGACUGUUUGGCAGCAACGUCGAUGUGGACUGAUUUAAUGUGACAAUCUAAGAGUGAUUUUGUUUUUUCUUUAUGCAGGGCAUUUAAUAAUAUUUCGGAUCAAAUGCAGUGAAAGUCCAAAUUUGGUACAGUACUUCUAUUUGUAUAUAUGUAUGGGUAGGAGUGACCAAUACUGUGCAGUGGGUCCUUGAUUGUGUGUGUGUGUAUAUGUGUACACAGUACUACAUGUCUGAACAUCAGGGCUAUUUUCAUGGUUUUCAACCGUAAUCAAAAACUGUUCAAGUUUUACCAGCAAACAGUGCCAUGCCAAAACUAUGUCGGUUUAUACAUCCUGGUCCGUUGACUUCUCCACAUUGUGACUGCAUUUUGUUAUUGAUGGCAUGAGUUGUUGACAGGGUAUGUCUGCUAUCUCUUUGGAAUAUUUCAUUCAAUGCAACGUUAACUUCAAAGAGACGCGUGCGUGGAUGGCAUUUAGCUCAAUAUACACACGGACGGAGCCGUUUAGACACCUCACUGCUUUUCAACAACCCAUCGUAUCAACUGAGCGAUUGAUUAUUCAUGAACCAAUUGCUCUAUAUCACAGGGGGGAGAGUUAAUCUCGCCUGUACCUGUAUUCAGAAUGGGAUACAUGUCGAGGCUUUGAAUUAAAAUACUUUCCUCUUUGAUGCCUCCCUUAUUUUCGUGGGGUAUCGAUACACGGACCACCCUGUGUGAUCGCCAUGCACUUUGGAUGCAUGCACAUUACCGCUGUUAUGGCUUGACUAGUACUGCAGAAGGGUUCCACGUGUUUUCUACAACUUCCCCUCUUGAUCGUGUGGAUCUUCUCGCCGUUCCUAAUGAUUGUGAGCUGCUUCUCGUGUGGACCGAUGUUUAAAAUUGCUCCCCUGCAUUUUAGAGAAACUAUAUCACGGGCUUAAAACAACACCUACAGAUGGUAAAGCUGCCUUCUUAUUAAAGGUAUGCACUUUAGUUUGUCUUUUUUAUCGUUAUCGACCCUCUGACUUGUCAUGUUUCGUGUGCUGAUUUUGCUAAAUGGUUGAGUGUUCUGCUGCAUGCGUUCUUUACCUUUAUAUGGGGGGCAACCUUUUGGCCAAAUGGUUCUUGCCCUCUUGUCCUUGACUCGGUGAAUUCCAGAAAAUCGAUUGUUAUUUUCUGUUUACAAAAAUGACAUGAACACAGAUUGGAAAAUGUAAAGUUUGGAAGUGUGGAAAACAAUCCGUUCUAUAGCAGCCAAUAAAAAUUUACAAUUCUACACGUCCAUCUAUAAAAAAUACCAUGAAAGUUUUUUUUAAAUCAGUAAUAUUUUGUGUAAUGGCCCUUUUUCAUAGCAGAGAAAACGGGCUAUUGCCAAAAACAUCACCGGUGUUAUUGAUGAAUGUGUUGUGCGUAUACACCGCUGCCAACCCAGUAUCACGAAAAGUGUUGUUUAAUAAACACAUUUGGGUAAUGAGUAUUAUGCAGUUUCAAGGCGAAUGGAGGUUGUUUGCUGACAUUGAAAUAUUUAAUCGGUGGCCCAGGAUGCCUUUCCAGUAGUUGCCAUACCCAGCGAUGGUUUUUGUACAUCGAAGGACCCUUUGCGAAGUGGCAAAUGGAGACAAGUGUUUUAAAAUGGGCAUGUUAGGAAAUUUCAGUUGACCUCGCAUGUUUAGCUCUUUUGUGGGCACAUUGUUACUGUUAGGCUCAUCCAAAGCCGUCUUGCGCAAGCGUCGUGCUGAAUUGGACGUGAAGCUUAGCCUGUUUGUGUUCUUGGCGACAUUCUGUACGGCAACGUUUAUAUCCUGAAACCUAACUGCUGAGGAACCACGAUGUUUUUAUUGUAUUUAAUCCCAACAUGAAGAGUGCACACGCUUAAUGUAAAUGUCUGCCGCGGUCAAUGUGAUCUGGAACCUGUUGACAGUUUGGUAAUAAAGAUGAGUGAUGAAAGAACAGUUGAGUGUCCACUUUUUUAAAUCCUUUAUAUUAAGUUCACUUGCUUGCUUGCGCGCUUACGACCGUGCAAAUCUUUCGGUCGUUUUUUAACCCACUUCCCGUGAUCCAAUCGAGCUGACAUUUUGCACACAGACUCGUUGUGCGUGACAAUUUAUUUUCGCGAAAAUUUUUUUCCAACAUUUUCCACUUUUUAGGAAAAUGUUUUUUUUCAUUUUAAUUUAAAAUACCAAUGUGAUAAAAAUGAAACUCUUACUCAAGAAAAACAGAAAUGAACAAUAAAAUAAAACCGAUGCCACGCAUAUAAAGGAUUUAU